GAACAUAUUUUUUUGCGUUGGCCUCGCAGUGUUCCUUCUAGCCAAUGGUCUGGACCCCUCCACUAUCAACCUCUAACAUCCUUUAGUCUCAUUCUAUCAUAAACUCUGACUUAGCCCAGCCGCAAUCCGUGGUGGUUUCUCGCAGAGGGAUCUAAUUCUUCUCACCUCAAUUAUCUUCUCCACGAGCUCCAUAUCUCACAGAGUAAUAUAUCGAUUAUUAGGAGUGUUACAUUGGUAUACAUCCCGCUGGUGGAGCUGUCGACCCUGAGAAUACGAUUUCGAAUCUGCUUGUCGACGGUGAGGGGCUAGCUAUGACGCAGUAGGUGGCUUACAAACUUCAUCUUUCGGACCUGCGACUGCGGACACCAACGACUUCGAUGCGAUCAUGAGCACUACCGUUCUUGGUGGCUUGCCAAAUGGCCAUCACAUAUCGCCUGAGCACGACGAACCUUCUCCUCCCCAGGACUAUACAAAUCAUGCAGAAGAUGAAGAGUAUAUCCGGCCGAUGUCUCCAUUACAAAUGCCUCCAGGGCAGAUCGAUGGCCUCGAAAGCAUCAAAGCUGAUACUCUCCUUUCAAGUCGAGGACAAUCUCCAAGAAGAGGGUCUAGGAAUAGCAGCCUGCUACACUUAGACAUUCUCAGCUUUCCUACUCCCGCACAACUAGCGAUGUCUGCCCUGCAGUACCUCCCUUAUCCACUAUUGGUAUUGGGAAGUCUGAAAACCCUGGUCAUGGCUAAUGAGGCUAUGGUGAGGCUUCUUGGUAUUGAAGACGAUGUCGAAGAAGAUACUGCGAGUGAUGACGGGAUGUCAAGCUUGGACAAGCUCCGUGGCCAAACGCUUAGUCAAUUGGGCAUUGAUAUGAUCCAAGAUGGAAGACCGGUCUGGGUGUCCUGGGAAUCUUUUCUUGAAAGUCUUGCCGACGACCUCGACACCACGGUAGAGGACGAUUCGCAACAAACGAUAUCAGAGAGUGGAGAAGGUGAUGCCACUCCAACUGCGGAAAGAGCAGAGCCUUGGAGCAGGAAAUCAGGCAAUAAUAAAAGCCAGUCGAUGGUACACGAUGCUGUCGUGGAAGUGAUUAUCACAAAAGAUGCGAUCUCGCAGAAGGUCUUCGCCAAGGCCAGGAAACCUGUCAAUUCCAAUCGGACGCCACACACGUUGGCAAAGAUGAUCAUCACCGUGUGGGAGAUUGGAGAUGAAAGGUAUUUUACCUUGACAUUCACAAGUACAGAGACUAGUCACAAUUCGACCAUGGCCGAGUCCAAGUUGCAGUCCAGGCACGUUACACGGGCAGCGAAGCAUCGGUCCCUAGGUUCUGCCGACUCAGGAUCCCAUUCCAGUCCGUCAUCUGUCAGCUCCGGCCGUAGCAGCUCUACUCAAGAUGGAAGUAGCACUUCAUCUGCUAUUACAAGUCCUACCAAUGCUUCCAUGUCCACAUCUCCGUUUCCUCCAUUAGGUCCACCAUCGAAGACUCCUCUUUCCAGUGGCCCGUCCGCCUUACAAAAGGUAGUUAUGAUGAAGGACGCCCUCCUAGACAAUACUACCGUACCAAUUAUAGCAAUGUGGAAAGAUGAGAGCUUAACAAUUCCAAACAAAGCUGCAAGAGACCUCUUCCAUCCGAAUGCGGACCUUAGUAACGUCAAAGAUGGUGUGGAUCUCGUUAGCAAAUGGCAUGUAUGGGACGAAACAUUUACAACCCGGUUGGAGCCUUCUGAGUAUCCAAUAUCGGUACUAGUCAAGACGCAAACACCAUUCUCAAGUCGGAAGAUUGGCAUAUUCGAUCCUACGACUGACAAGAAGAUUGUAUUUGAUGUCCUCGGCGAAGCCAUUCGAGAUGAGAAUACAGGCGAGUUCUUGGCUGGCAUUGUUACUUGUCGGGAUAUUACGAGUAUGACGCAGCAGAUCAAUGAUAUUAAAGAGAAGGAUGAGCAAAGGUUCCAACUCAUUUGCGAUAGUAUGCCUCAGAUGAUAUGGACAACGACGCCAGACGGAUUGCACGAUUGGUUCAGUCAAAGAUGGUAUGAUUACACUGGCUUGACAGAAGACGAGUCUCUCGGCAUGGGCUGGAAGUUACCAUUCCAUCCUGACGACAUGACAAGUACUGGGAAGAGGUGGACACACUCACUCGCUACAGGUGAUCCGUACAUGACAGAAUACCGAUGUAGAAGCAAGAGUGGGGAAUGGAGAUGGAUGCUCGGUCGAGCUUUGCCUAUGAGAAAUUCAAAGACCGGAGCAAUCGAGAAGUGGUUUGGGACCUGUACCGAUAUCCACGAGGCAGUGGAAAGCAGAUUUGCUGCCAAAAGAAUGCGCCAACAAUUGCUCUCAGUAAUUGCACACGCCCAAGUCACCCUCUUCUCGGUUGACAGACACCGGAAGAUAACAUUGCUCGAAGGAGCUUUCAUCUGGGAUCUAGAGAGUGAGAUCGGUUCUGGGGACGAAAGCAGCAAUGGCAGACCCACCAAAGGCGAAGAUUACAUUGGCAAGAAUGUCUAUGAUGUCUUCUACGCGACACAGAAUGGUCGUAGCCGAGAUGGUAUCCCCGAAUCUCUUCGUCCUAUCGAGGAUAUCCUCACCGGGAAAACGAUGGAAGAUGUGCAUGAGCACUGUAUCGAUAAUCGGUGGUACAGAACCAGAUUCAUUCCUGUCUUAGGCAAGAAGACCAACGGAGGGCAUGUCAAUGAAGCUUUCAUUGAUGGUGUCAUCGGUGUCAGCAUGGAUAUCACGGAGGUAAAAGAUCGAGAAACCGAACUGCAACUGCAAGAGAAAGAAAAUACGAGACUACUUGCAAAUGAAGCAGCUGCCAAAGAAGCUAGUCGCUUGAAGAGCCAAUUCCUUGCUAAUAUGUCACACGAAAUUCGUACUCCGAUCGCAGGUGUCAUCGGAAUGGCAGAACUACUUUCGGAUAUGGAUCUUGACGAAGAGCAACGAGAUUGCGCAGAGAACAUUCAGCGUUCCGCAAACGGAUUGCUCACAGUAAUCAAUGACAUCCUGGAUUUCUCCAAAGUAGAAUCCGGACGUCUGGACAUCGAGGAGGUGCAAUUCUCUCUUUCGGUGGUGGUCAAGGAUGUCAGUAAGAUGCUUGGAUUUGCCGCCGAGCGAAAGAAUCUUAUGUUCCAGUCUGACAUCACUGUUGGGGUGGAGAAAGAUCUGAUCGUGAUGGGUGAUCCUGGUCGAGUGCGACAGAUCAUUACGAAUUUACUUACAAACAGUAUCAAAUUCACCAGUGAAGGGUACGUUAAAUUCUCGGUCCUCAAGGAGAGUGAGACUGCAGAUACCUUCGAAGUCAAGUUCGUGGUUGAAGACACUGGUAUCGGAAUCGAAGAAGAAGUCCGGAAACGCUUGUUCAAACCCUUCAGUCAAGCAGACUCAUCCACAGCAAGACGAUUUGGAGGAACGGGUCUCGGUCUAACAAUCAGCAAGAACCUUGUUGAUUUAAUGCAUGGUCGAAUCCAACUAGAGUCAAGUCUAGGCAGUGGUACCACAGCAACAUUCUGGAUCCCAUUCAACAAGCCUCAGUUCCAUGACGGAGCUGCCCUCAUCGAUAUUGGAAGCCUCCCAGACCGAUUACAAUCCGAGAUGAGCGUGUCCUGCAAUAGUUCAGACUACGAACAAGCAGUUGGCACCCCACCUAUGCAAAGCCCCAUCGAUCCUCAUAAACAUCGCCACCACAAACCCAGCUCUAUUAGUAUGAUUCCACCCGCAGCUCCAGAAUUCGAGCUAUCCCCAGCCGAACGAGCGAACAUCAAAAUCUUGCUCGUCGAAGACAAUGCAAUCAACCAACAGAUCGCCCUCAAGACCAUCAAAAAACUAGGCUUUGUUGUAAACGCAGUCUGGAACGGCAAAGAAGCUCUCGACUACCUCCUCGCAGCCGAUAAACCCAACGCCCCACACCCAAAACCCGACAUAAUCCUCAUGGACGUUCAAAUGCCCAUUAUAGACGGCUACAAAGCCACUCAUCUUCUCCGCCAUCACACACCUUACAACGUCCUCUGCCGUAAUAUACCUAUCGUAGCUAUGACCGCCUCUGCCAUCCAAGGCGAUAGAGAAAAGUGCAAGAAAGCAGGCAUGGAUGAUUAUCUAGCUAAACCAGUAAAGGGUAAGACGUUGGAGAAAAUGCUGGUCAGAUGGGCACUCAGUAGGCGGAUUCCUAGGACGCCUGGGGAGAACGGUAGUAUUGGAUAUGAGUUUGAUGGAUCAGAUUGCUCUGAGCCUGGAGAGCAUAAUUGUGGCACAGCAGCAGUACCGAUGUUUGGACAGGGCAAGAAAACUGCGAAACCAAAGACAGAAGAAAAGAAGCCAGAGGUCUUGCAACCUUCAAGACCGAGCAUGAGCCAGCGCCAGAAAUCCCAUACCUUAACACUGCCGGGAACUGAAAGUGAAGGAGAUAGGGUGGAGAGGAGAGAAGAGGCAGAGGAGAAAGCAACAGCGUUGAGAGACGAGAAACUUGUGGAGGCGGCGGCCGGACAUCCUGGGGAAAGAGUCGUAGGACCAGUGCAAGUCGAGGACCUGGGACAGAGAUUGACUGUUGAAAAUGUGGGGAAAUUAGACAGGGAAGUAGGAUUUCAGGGAAAGACGAAAACGAAAGGAGGCAGAAGUCCCAGGGGCGAGUAUCUUAGGCGGAAUUUGAGUGUUGAGGGCGAAGCAGGCGCGAAUAGGCCAAAGUUAGAGAGGAGGGCUAUGGAUUCCGAGAGGACUGUUACGGGGCGUGAUAAGGAAUGAAGAGCUUAAUCAUGACGUGAUGAGGUUUUGGUUUGGUUGGAGUCAAGGGAU